UAAGCUCCUUGAUUUGACGGCUUUACUGGCAACGGAAAAACAUGUUGUAAUCUUGUAAUAUGUUGAAACUGAGAGAUACAUACAUACAUAUGUACAUAUACUUUGAGGAGGGUCGGUCAAUUGUGUAAAAUAUAAGGAACAAAAAAAAAAAACGAACUUUUGUAAAGUAAAAAUAAUUUUUGUUUUAUUUUUCUAACUCAAAUGAGUGAAAAUUAACAAAAGAUAUUAUACCAUUGGAUUAUGCUGAAUCUUAAUUUACCAACAUGUACUAUUCGACUUCCAGCAGUUAUCCCGGCUUUCGGGUAAAUUCCACGUUAAACAGAAUGGAUACCGAUGAUGUUGAAUCAACUUCAAGCAGUGCAAUGUCUAAGAUAGGAGCUCUAUUUACUUUCACUUCACCAGCCGUUAAGAAAUUACUCGGUUGGAAACAGGGCGAUGAAGAGGAGAAAUGGGCAGAAAAAGCAGUCGACAGUUUGGUAAAAAAAUUAAAAAAAAGACAGGGAGCCAUCGAAGAACUAGAAAGGGCGUUAUCGUGUCCAGGGCAGCCAUCAAAAUGCGUGACUAUACCCAGAUCAUUAGACGGAAGAUUACAGGUUUCACAUCGCAAAGGUCUGCCACAUGUCAUUUAUUGUCGUGUCUGGCGCUGGCCUGAUCUGCAGUCACAUCAUGAACUCAAACCAUUAGAGAUAUGUCAAUAUCCCUUUAGUGCUAAACAGAAGGAAGUGUGCAUUAAUCCCUAUCAUUAUAAACGGGUUGAGAGUCCCGUUUUACCACCUGUAUUAGUACCGCGUCACUCAGAAUUUGCACCGGGCCAUUCAAUGUUACAGUUCAACAAUAUUGGCGAGUCGACAAUGCCACACAAUGUCAGCUAUUCAACCGCCGGUUUUAACAAUCACCUCAGUCCCAACAGCCCGCCUAUGACAUCGGUUGGCAGUCCUAGUUCUGUUAAUUCCAAUCCCAAUUCACCAUACAGUAGUAUGGCUGAGACACCUCCCCCAGCCUACAGCCCUUCUGAGGAUGGCAAUUCAAAUAAUCCGAAUGAUGGUUCGCAAAUGCUAGACGCUCCUAUGGGCGAUGUGGCCCAGGUUAGUUAUCAAGAACCAGCAUUUUGGGCUUCGAUUGCGUACUAUGAAUUGAACUGUCGUGUGGGUGAAGUGUUUCAUUGCAAUAACAGUUCAGUGAUCGUUGACGGUUUUACAAAUCCUUCAAACAAUUCGGAUCGUUGCUGUUUGGGUCAGUUGAGUAACGUUAAUCGCAACAGUACAAUCGAGAACACCAGACGUCAUAUAGGAAAAGGUGUUCAUCUCUAUUAUGUUACCGGCGAAGUUUAUGCUGAAUGUCUCUCGGAUUCAGCUAUAUUUGUGCAAUCACGCAACUGUAAUUAUCAUCACGGCUUCCAUCCUAGCACAGUGUGCAAAAUACCACCAGGUUGUUCAUUGAAAAUAUUCAAUAAUCAAGAAUUUGCUCAACUACUAUCACAAUCCGUCAAUAAUGGCUUCGAGGCCGUUUAUGAACUUACAAAAAUGUGUACAAUACGCAUGUCAUUUGUAAAGGGUUGGGGAGCGGAAUACCAUCGACAGGAUGUGACUUCGACGCCAUGCUGGAUAGAAAUCCAUUUACAUGGACCAUUGCAAUGGUUAGAUAAAGUUCUUAUACAAAUGGGUUCACCACACAAUGCAAUUAGUUCGGUGUCGUAAAACUGUUGAACACGCUAAUAUACAGGAGUAAUGACAAGAAAAAACAGCAACAUGAAAGUUGUAAGCAUAUAUGAAGAAGACGACAAACAGAUGUUUUAUUUUCAUUUAAUUUUAAGUAAGAUUUAUAGUGUUAAGCUAAGACAAUUGAAUUAAUUAUAAAAUGAAACACAGCAAAAACAAAUUGAAAUAGACGAUUAUGUAGGUAGAUGCGAUGAUAAUGAGGAAGAAGAUUGAAAAGCAGUUUAAAAGACCAUCAUUUCUAUUUUUAGUAUCCUUUUUUAUAUUUUCUUUAUAAUUUUGUUUUAAAAGCAACAAAAAGUAAUGCCUCAUAUUAAAAAAAAA